UUCACUAAGGCCAUUUAGUUGCCGAAUUUUCGCUCCAAAAAAAGCGACUCAAAGGAGGCACGGGAAAAACCAGAAAUCCGGCCACGUAAUGACCGGAAACCGGAGGAACCUCUCCGGAAAAACGAGAAACCCUGGAAAAUAAGAGGAAACCCUAGGAAGGAAUUUGAGAAGUCAUUUAUUCAGGCAGCCAAAAGUGGCCGAAAGCUUCAACAGGUGGCCAUGGCUGAUAGCUUGAGAAAUGUCAAUGUACGGAGCCUCGAUGGCCACACUGUAAAUGUGUCUAUCUCCCACUCUUCAACAGUCGAGGACCUCAAAACGCUAUUGAAGGAGUGCUUCUCACCUGCAAAAAACUCGCAUGAUUUCCAUCUCUUUUGCAGAGGUACAAAAUUGAACCCUAGAAGUCAAAUAACUGAUCAUGAUAUUGAAUCUGAUAACUUUUUAGUUCUUGUUCCUUUUGUGAAGAAGAAACGAUGUGUGGAUGAAGUCAGCCCACGCAUCAUACAUGGUGACUAUGUCAAAGUCCCCAAAAGCCAUCGAAACCAAGUCCAUAAUGCAUCUUCUAGUGGGCCCAAUAUCUCCUCAAAUUCUUCUUCUAAUGCCAUUGAUUUAGACCUACUUGGGGUUUCUCCAUCUCAACAAAUUCCCCAUGUUGACAAGUCAAUCAAAGCCACCUUUACUUCUUUUGCAGAGGCUGCAUGGUCAGAUAUAAUGCAGGAUCUUUCCUCCCUGCCCAAAACCUUGGAUGAUGAAAAUAGUAGAUCAACUAUAGAUGAAAUGAAUAAUCUAAAAAGAGAAUCAGAUUUGUUGUUCAAUCUGUUUUCUCACAUGGAAAAGAACUCUUGUACCACUACAUGUUCAUAUGUGAUUGAAGUUUUUGACAAUGUUGGAUUGGAGUCACUUUGUCACAUUCUUUACUCAGUGAAUUGUUUGUCUGGUGAGCGGUCAAAGAAAUGUCUGGUGCUCCAAGAAUUGUGUGGAUGGACAUCAGUAGAAGUGCCAAAUGGGGACUUAAUGCCAUGUGCUAAGAAAAGAAAACAAUGCUGGUGCCCUUCAUGGUUGAGGAAACUGCUGAAAUGCUUUACUUUCUUGAACAUUAUUUGUAGUUCUUUGCGACUAAACUAUGAAGUGGUUACUUGGAGUAUGGUCAAAGGUGUGCUGCAGCAAGUUCAAGGUUUUGGGUUUGAGGAGGUCGGUCUUGAUGAUUUUGAGCAUCUUUCCAUUCUUUCCUCAAAGGUAGUAGUAUUUGGUGGUCGAGGAAAUAGACUAAAUGAGCUUGAUAUUACAAUUGAUGUCAUUGAUUCUUCAAGAAGAGCCAAAGCUGGAAAGCAAUUGUCCAUUCAGGAUCUUGUGAACAGCAUAAAGAAGCGACAAAAAACAUUUGAAAGAGAUCUGUCAAUUGCCAUCAAUUAUUUCAAGCAGCAAAAAGAAAUUCGUGGAGAUGGGACGCGCCUUUUGUUUUCUCUGGAAAACCUACUCAAAUCUGUGAAGGAGAUGAGUUAUGAUCCUCAAAACACUAUCAAGGGCAAUCUAUCAACAAGAGCUAGAUCAAUGGCAUCAGGCUUAAUGAAAGUGCAAUCAAGGUGCCUGGAGACUAAUCCCUUGAUACCUGUGGACAUGGUUGGGCAUCUAACAAGAGGACUUGGAUCUCAGGGGCAGGUGGUUCAUCUGGAAGAAAUUCAUCCUAGAACAGCAGUUCAUGUGGAAAUACCCGAUAAUCUUUUACCUUCUACAAAGGCAGCACUUGAAAGGAUGGGAAUCUCCAGACUAUACAUUCACCAGGAAGAGUCCAUAAGGUUUUCUCUUGCUGGAGAGAAUGUUGUUGUGGCAACCUCAACUGCAAGUGGAAAAUCUCUCUGUUACAAUGUUCCAGUUUUAGAAGAAUUAUCUCGAAAUCUGCAACUGUGUGCACUAUAUAUAUUCCCAACAAAGGCCUUGGCUCAAGAUCAGUUGAGAGCUUUGUUAGAGAUGACUGGUGGAUUGGAUGUUGGGUUUCAUAUUGGUGUCUAUGAUGGUGACACUUCUCCUGGGCAUAGAAAAUGGCUUCGUGAUAAUGCCAGAUUGCUGAUUACAAAUCCAGAUAUGCUUCAUAUUUCAAUCUUGCCAUUUCAUGGACAGUUCCAGAGAAUCCUGUCAAAUCUCAGGUUUGUCAUCAUAGAUGAAGCUCAUGCAUACAAAGGAACAUUUGGCAACCAUACUUCUCUCAUAUUGAGGAGAUUGUGUAGAAUUUGUUCUCAUGUUUAUGGAAGUGCGCCCUCCUUCAUCUUGUGUACAGCAACUGCUGCAAACCCCCGCGAGCAUGCCAUGGAACUUGCAAACUUACAGACACUGAAGUUGGUUCAGAAUGAUGGAAGCCCAUGUGGUCCGAAGCUCUUCCUUUUAUGGAAUCCACCUUUCAACUAUAAAAAUCUAUCACUAAAAUCAGAGGCAAUGAUAUGCCCAAGCAGCCCAAUUGAUGGCAAAUCUGAAGAUAUUAAUGUCUUCAUCAAACGGUCAAGUCCUAUUUUGGAGACUUCUUAUCUCUUUGCAGAGAUGGUUCAGCAUGGACUUAGGUGCAUUGCAUUUUGCAAAACACGUAAACUUAGUGAGCUUGUCCUGAGCUACACGCGUGAGAUUCUUCAGGAGACUGCCCCUCAUCUAGUUGACUUAGUUUGUGUCUACCGUGCGGGGUACACUGCUCAGGACAGGAGGAGCAUAGAGAGUGACUUUUUUGGGGGGAAGCUCCAAGGUGUUGCUGCGACAAAUGCACUUGAACUUGGAAUUGAUGUGGGGCAUAUCGAUGCAACACUGCAUCUUGGUUUUCCUGGUAGUGUUGCAAGCCUGUGGCAGCAAGCUGGAAGGUCCGGGAGAAGAGAAAGAGCAUCUCUGUCCAUCUAUAUUGCAUUCGAAGGACCACUUGAUCAAUAUUUCAUGAAAUUUCCUCAGAAGCUUUUUGGUAGACCAAUUGAACAUAUCCAAGUUGAUGUUCACAACAAACAGGUUUUGGAGCAGCAAGUUGUCUGUGCUGCUGCUGAACACCCUGUGUCUCUGGAAUAUGAUGAACAAUUUUUUGGUUCUGGACUGCAUAAUGCAAUUGUAACUAUCCAGAAUAAAGGAUACUUGGCUUGUGAUCCAUCCAGUAAUUUUGCUGAUAAAUUAUGGAGCUACAUUGGGCAUGAGAAAAAUCCCCCACAAGGGGUUAGUAUACGGGCAGUGGAGACUGAGAAGUACAGGGUGAUAAACCAGAAAACUAAUGAAACAAUUGAAGAGAUAGAAGAAAGCAGGGCCUUUUUUCAGGUUUAUGAGGGCGCUGUUUAUUUGCUCCAAGGAAAAACUUACCUGGUCAAGGAUUUGGAUUUAGCAACAAAGACUGCUUUGUGCCAAGAAGCUGACUUGAAGUAUUAUACGAAGACCCGGGACUAUACAGAAAUUCAUGUCGUGGGUGGCGAUCUUGCUUACCCAGCAAAGGCAUCAGCAGUCCAGUUCCAUAAUACAACAGCGCAGGUCAAUAUUUGCAAAGUAACUACUAGAUGGUUUGGCUUUUAUAAAAUCUGGCGAGGAAGCAACCGAGUCUUUGAUGCUGUUGAUCUCUCGCUUCCUGACUUUUCAUAUGAAUCACAGAUACAUAGUGUGUAAUUUCUCAGACUUGGCUACAGAGUGUGCAAAUCCCCAUGACACCCGUUGCUUUCCCGAGAGACUUUUGUUUUAUGAUCAACAUCCCGGAGG